UCGGGAUCGAUGGGUUUAGCAAGCGGGGACAUUGGCCAGGACUCAGGAGCCUAAUUGUAAGUUGAAUAUCCACAAUUCAUUCAACUGAAACAACCAGCUGCUGCUUAUCAGACGCCCCCCUCAACUCCAACAACGUUAACUUGCUCGGAGCUCCGCUUAAUCGGCGGCGAUAUCUCUCUUUUAACCGCGGUGUGUAUUGGGGGUCUGAUAUCAGCCUAUGGCAGAACCAAAUGGUGCUCCGAGAAAACCCCGGAUAUUACUUGCUUCAAGUGGAAGUGUAGCUGCCAUAAAGUUUAGUAACCUUUGCAGUAGCUUUUCUGACUGGGCUGAAGUAAGAGCUGUUGCGACCAAAGCUUCUUUACAUUUCAUUGAUAGAGCAUCACUACCUAAAGAUGUGACUCUAUAUACGGAUGAUGAUGAAUGGUCUACUUGGUCAAAGAUCGGUGACGGUGUCCUUCACAUUGAGCUCCGCAGGUGGGCUGAUAUCAUGGUAAUUGCUCCAUUAUCAGCAAACACCCUUGGGAAGAUUGCUAAUGGAUUGUGUGACAACCUGCUGACCUGCAUUGUGCGAGCAUGGGACUAUUCCAAACCUCUCUUUGUGGCCCCUGCUAUGAACACCUUCAUGUGGAACAAUGUUUUCACAGAAAAGCAUCUUAUGUCAGUUGACGAACUUGGAAUUUCUCUAAUUCCACCAGUAUCCAAGAGGCUUGCCUGCGAUGACUUUGGGAAUGGUGCCAUGGCUGAACCGUCACUCAUCUUCUCAACUGUGAGGCUUUUUGUAGAGUCAAAGGCACAGUCAGGUGGUAGUAAUAAUCAGUAAUUACUAAUAAUAUCUUUUAAAUCAAGUUUCCAGGAGAAUGUUAUGUAUCAUGUUUGUAUGUGUUGGGUGUUACUUGUCGAAUUUAGAUAUGUCUGUGUAAGUUCUACACCAUAAAAGAUAUUGUUGGUGUGAACAAAAUGCAAUACAAAUGUUGUCAAAGUGAAAACAAGAUUAAAUGAUUGGAAAUAGGAGAUAAAUUAAAAUUUAGGAAAUAAAGGAGUUGUUUUCAUUCCUGGUUUUGAAUUGAAAAUGAAUACCUGGUUAGGAAAGUUCAUUGUU